AUGAGCUGGGCUCCUAAUAACCCAAGUUUGGUUGAAGAAGAAGUAAUAUAUGGCAAUACUGAAUAUGUUUUGCCUCAGAAAAUGGAAAAUAACAUGAGAUUCAUCACCCUUCCUGAAGAAGUGCCUAUGAUAGUUAUUGAAAGCAAUCAAGUAUCAGCAGAAACUGAUGCUCCAAUGAUCAUUGUUGGAAAUGAUGUAGUAGAGCAAAUGAUAUGUGCUGAAGAAGAAGUAGAAACGGAAACUGAUUUGACUUGGUACACCAAUCCUCCUGUGGCACAUGAAGAAACAGUAGAUACACAACCUGAGUCAAAAAAAAUUAACAAACGUGAAGGAAGAGUUGCAGUGCCAUAUUUAAAAGAUGAAAUGCUUGAUAUACCACUUAAUGACGAAAGUUAUGCUACAUAUCAUCCGUUUCCAUGUGAUUUCUGCAGCAGAAGAUUCAAAAAGAAAGCUAACUUAAUGAAUCAUAUGGUAGCUCAUCAAACUCAAAGACCCCAUUCUUGUAACAUUUGUUCAUCCAGUUUCAUGAGAAAAUGCGACUUGGUUAAUCACCAAAAAAUACAUUCAUAUGUGCCUAACAGAGAAAAUAGAAAUGACAUUAACCAAGAAACAAAAUACAAUAAUUACAAUCAUGUCAGGAAAAAAAAGAAUAAGAAAAUUAAAAGUAAUUUUGGUAAAAAAGCCGGAGGAAAAGAUAAAAUUAAAGCUUCAUCUUGGUCACCCCAAGAAAAUUUUUUCAAACCGACCAGUUAUGUCGAUGAAGAUGUUAAAUUGUUACUUGAAAUGACCAAUAGGCUUCAUGAAAAAAGUGGAAGUGACAAAAAUUCAAAUAAAAAUCCUGGAGAAACUUUUACAGGUAGUGAGCAAAAACCUUAUGUUUGCAAUAAAUGCGGGAGAUGUUUUUCUAGAGAAAGUGCUCUUGUUUCUCAUUCUCAAAUCCAUGCGGAAGAUAUUUAUUAUGACUGUAGCAAAUGUGGACAGAAUUUUUUUUCUUUGGAACUUUUGAGAGAUCACUGUGCUAAAAAGCAUGACAUUCCAUAUACUGGUGAAACUUCUGACGAAAGUGAAGGUGGUGAAUUCGAUAAAGGAAAAUACACGGGAGAUGAAAGGUUUGGAACCUUUCAUUGUUCUAUUUGUUCUAUAAGUUUUCAUAGACUAGAUUUAUUGAAACAACAUAAAAGAAUUCAUUCUAAAAAAGAUGAAUCAUCAAGAGGCUAUAAGUGCAACACUUGUCUUAUUGAAUUUUCAACUUAUGAAAAACUAUUAUCUCACUUGGAAGGCAAUGCUAGCUGUCAAAGACAUAUGUGUUUAUUAUGUGGAGAACAUUUCAAUGAUCAAAAUGCAGGUCAAAAACAUAUUCAGCAAAAACAUAGUAAAGAAUUGACUCCAAAUUCAUGUACUAUAUGUGGUAAAUAUUGCAAAGAUAAAACUGCUCUACAAAAACAUUCUUGGAUUCAUUCUACUGAAAAAAAAUAUUCUUGCAAGAAAUUGGAUUGUUCGAAAAAAUUUCACAGUUGGGCAAGAUUAAGAAGGCAUAUGUUGUCACAUAACGGAAGUAAAAUGGUCAGAUGUGAAGAAUGCGAUGAAGUUUUUCCGGAUAGAAGAGCUUUAAUUAAUCAUCGGCACAGUCAUUUUCCCGAUUCAGCGGCCCGUAAAUUCAUUUGUAACGAAUGUGGAAAAUCUUUUGGAUCUCGAAGUAGUCAACAAAUUCAUAAUCGUAUCCACACCGGAGAACGACCUUACGGUUGCCGUUAUUGCUGGAAAGCAUUCGCUGAUGGGGGUACACUUCGGAAACAUGAGAGGAUUCACACUGGAGAAAAACCAUACGUUUGCGUUGUUUGUCCCAGAGCUUUUAAUCAGCGGGUUGUUCUUCGAGAGCAUAUCAGGUCCCAUCAUUCUGGUUCAGUUAGUAAACCUGGUUACUCCACUCCGGUUUAUCUAUGUCCAGUAUGUGGUGUGGUUACGGCAAAUUCAGAGGAAUUGGCAUUUCAUUUAGUCAAACAUAGUGAUGAUAACACAAUCCGGAACAGAAAUCCUCAAGCUGGCAUUCGAACUUACAAGCGAAGAAGAAAAUUAAAUUCCUACGAAUGUGAAGAAAGUGAAUUCGAUGACGCUGAUUAUUAUUCAAAAAGAGAGAGUGAGACGGAAUCUGCAAUCUCUGAUAAAGAACAAGGAAAGAAACCUGCCGGCAGGAAAGGCAAUAAAGGAAGGAAAGUAGACACUUACUCAAAAUUUACCAAAACGUUCGAGGCUGCCAUGAAAAAUAUAAAUUCUCUGGUUGAAAAUAAGCCAGUUCGAAAAGCAAAAAUGAUUAAUACAAAAGGCAAAGGAGGUACAAAGAAAAAUAAAAAAAUUUUAUCGAAAAGAGGACGAAAACGAAACAGCGGUGUGGCGAAUAAAAAUUCUGCCCCUAAAUCUCGGCCCCGUACUCUUUCCUCGAGAACAUCGGAAAAAAAAGAAAGUACAACGGAAAAUGCUGAAAAUCCGGUCAACGUCAACACCGUUUCCGGUUCUCAAACGGAAAACGCGAGAUCACGACCUUCGAGGCCCAGAACUAAAAAUGUUAAUUACGAACAAAUGCAAGAACAAUUGCCCAAAGUUGCAAUAUUUCCCGAGAAAACGAAAAAGGUGAUUAGGAAACCGUCCGUGUUUCAGGGAAAGGUAGAAGUUAAAAAAGAAAUGUCGGAGGAAUUGUUAUCGGAGGAUAACGGAGUUAAAAUGGAAAUCAAAUCGGAAAUUUCUGACGGAAAUCACAGAUCUGUAACGGAUAAUUACAUAUGCGGAAUAUGUUCGAAUGCUUUUCCCAGUAAAGCUGACCUUCUUUUUCACGUGCCUAUUCACAUAUAG